AUUCCUGGCGAGGGGCCGGGCGGGAGGCGAAGCUCCAGGCUCGGAGCAGCCCAGCCCCUUCCCGCUCUGCCCGCGCCCGCAGCACCAUGGCCCGGGGCGGCCUCCUCCUGCUCCUGCUCGGCCUGCUGGCGGCCCCCGGCCGCGGGGACCCGGGGCCCCUGGAAGACGUGGUGGUGGACAGGUACUACAUCCCCAAGGUCUGCCUGCGGGAGGCCCAGAUGGGGGACUUCAUCCGCUACCACUACAACGGCACCUUCCGCGACGGCCAGAAGUUCGACUCCAGCUACGACAGAGGUGCCACGGUGGCGGGCGUGGUGGGAGUCGGCCGGCUGAUCACCGGCAUGGACCGAGGCCUGCAGGGCAUGUGCGUCAAUGAACGGCGCCACCUGAUUGUCCCUCCCCACCUGGGCUACGGCAGCAUCGGCGUCGCUGGCAUGAUCCCCCCCGAUGCCACCUUGUAUUUUGACGUCAUCAUGCUGGACAUCUGGAACAAAGAGGACAAGCUGCAGAUCACCACCUUGCACAAGCCGGAGCGCUGCAACCGCACUGUGGAGAACUCAGACUUCGUCCGGUACCACUACAACGGCACGCUGCUGGACGGCACCCACUUCGACUCCAGCUACAGCAAGGACAGCACGUACGACACCUACGUGGGCACGGGCUGGCUGAUCAAAGGCAUGGACGAGGGCCUGCUGGGGAUGUGCGCUGGGGAGAAGAGGAGGAUCAUCAUCCCUCCCUUCCUGGCCUACGGGGAGAAGGGCUACGGCACGGUGAUCCCGCCCCAGGCCUCCCUGGUGUUCGACGUGCUGCUGGUGGACCUGCACAACCCCAAAGACGGCAUCUCCCUGGAGCACCUGGAGGUGCCGGCGUCCUGCAAGCGCAAGGCCGUGACGGGCGACUUCGUCCGCUAUCACUACAACGGGACCCUGAUGGACGGGACGCUCUUCGACUCCAGUUACUCCCGCAAUCACACCUACGACACCUACAUCGGGAAGGGCUUCAUCAUCCCCGGCAUGGACCAGGGCCUGCAGGGCGUCUGCGUCGGAGAAAAGCGAAGGAUCAUCGUCCCGCCGCACCUGGGCUAUGGGGAGAAUGGAGCCGGGAACAAGAUCCCCGGCUCAGCCGUGCUCAUCUUUGACAUCCACGUCAUCGACUUCCACAACCCCCUGGACUCGGUGGAGAUCGAGACCCUCUCCCGGCCCGAGGGCUGCAACGUUACCACCCAGGAGCGCGACUUUGUCCGCUACCACUACAACUGCUCGCUGCUGGAUGGCACCAAGCUCUUCUCCUCCCACGACUACAACCACCCGCAGGAGGCGACGCUGGGGACCAGCAAGGUGAUCGACGGCCUGAACACCGGCCUGCUGAACAUGUGCGUGGGGGAGAAACGGGUGAUCAUCAUCCCCCCCCACCUGGGGCACGGAGAGAACGGAGCCCGGGGCGUGCCAGGCAGUGCUGUGCUCCGGUUCGAGGUGGAGCUGCUCUCCAGGGAGGAAGGAGUCCCUGAAGGCUACCUGUUUAUCUGGCACGGGGACCCACCCGCAAACCUGUAUGAGGACAUGGACCUGAACAAGGAUGGCGAGAUCCCCCCCGAAGAGUUCUCCACUUUCAUCAAGGCCCAGCUCACCGAGGGGAAGGGGCGGCUCAUGCCCAGCUCCGACCCGGAGAUCGUCAUCGCCGACAUGUUUCAGAACCAGGACCGGAACCAGGAUGGGAAAAUCACCGCGGAGGAGCUGAAGCUGAAAUCCGACGAAGAUCAGGAGAGAAUCCACGAGGAGCUCUGAGGAGCUCCUGCCUUCAAGAGACAACUUUUCCCCUUCUCCUUUCCUGCCUUGGAGCGGGCUGCUCCCCCACCACCGCGGGACCGGGGCCUAGAGAAGCCAGCGCAGGAAACUUUAGAGCCAGCCCCUUUGCAGAGCGAAGUUGUUCGGUUUUGUUUUUUUACUAUUUAACAGUGUUUUAUUGGAAGCGUUUAU